AUGGCGGAUGUCGAAGCCACUUCUGGUAUUCGGCUACUGGCUGCUAUCCUGAUUUUAAUACCGACCCUUUGCGGCCUUUUAUUGCACACUGUACUCGGCGUUGUGCUGUACUCUGGAUGGAAGACGUUCAGAGGAAACAGCUUCUAUUUGAUUACCGUACAACUGAUGUGCGCUGAUGUAUGUGCACUCAUUCUAGACCUUUACGCAGCGUUCCCAUUGACUCUUACAGGGGUUCAGUACAUGGGCAAUAGUGUGGCCUUUUACUACGUACCAUUGUCAUUCGAAAGUAUUGCCUUCAAUGGUAUAUUCAACCUGUCGCUUCUUUUAACAGUCAAUCGCUUUUUGUUGUUUUUAUACCCUGGACUGCAUAAGAAGAUUUUCACUUCACGAGGGACGAAAACUUUAUCCCUACUUGUAUGGGCCUACGUCUUCACCUUCAUCAUAGCCUCGAAUGUCGCCGGAUGUCACAAGGAGUUCAACAAGGAAGACUUUUAUUAUUGGUACAACUGUGGGAAUGAUUCAACGGCCAAUCACAUCAAACAGUUCAUUUUAAUCGAUGCUUGCGUGAUUCCAUGUGCAAUGACUGUAAUGUAUAUAGCCAUUUAUAUCAAAAUUCGAGUAGCAAAGAUGGGCAUCAGUGCGAGCACUCGACCAUCAGUAAACAAAGAGAUCAGAUAUGUGAUGCAGGUAAAGUUUGCUACAUUCCCUUGA